UGGAUUGCAUUCCUGUCUUCUCUCUCUUUCUCUCCACCUCCACCUCCACCUCUACCUCUAUCUCUAUCUCUGUUCUUUCUUAGAGAAGGGAAGACACUUCUAUCUAGUAGACUUGAGUUACUCUUGUCUGCUUACCUAGCUAUUCUCCUCUUCUCUUCCUCUUCUCAUCAUCACUAUCAUCAGUCAUCGUUCAUCAUGGGUAUCUUGGAAAAGAUUGUCCGCAACGAAUCCAUGAAAGAUGACCCUCAAGAAAUCUACAACUGGCGAGUCUUUGUCCUCUGCGCAAGCGCCUGUUUCGGCGGCAUGCUCUUCGGCAUGGACACCGGAAUAAUCGGCGGCGUCCUAAAACUCGACCCCUUCCGCAAAACCUACAACUUACCCCUGGCAUCCGAAAACCCCGCCUUAUCAGCCAAUCUCGAAGCGAAUAUUGUGUCGACGUUGCAAGCAGGUUGUUUUUUGGGGGCCAUUGGAGCCGGGUAUGUGGCGGAUCGGUGGGGGAGGAGAUGGGGAAUGAUGGUUGCGGCGGCGUUGGCGGGGGUGGGGGCGGUGAUGCAGGCUGCUGCGGAGGGGGAGUUUGGGGUUAUGUAUGUUGGGAGGUUUGUGGCGGGGGUUGGAGUCGGAGCAGCAAGCAUGAUCACACCCCUCUACACAUCCGAAAACGCCCCCCGAGCAAUCCGAGGAGCAUUAACAGGAAUGUAUCAAUUCUUCAUCGUCACAGGAGUCUGCAUAGCCUUCUGGAUCAACUACGGUUCUCUCCUCCACUUCAGCGGAACCGUGCAAUACGUCGUCCCACUCGCCCUCCAAGCCCUCCCGGCCAUUGUGCUUCUCGUGGGAAUGUUCAUCAGCUCGGAAACGCCGCGAUGGCUCGCGCGACAAGAUCGAUGGGAUGAAGCGGCUCGUGUACUCUCGCGGGUGCGGAAUUUGCCGCAGACGCAUCCGUAUGUGCAGGAUGAAUUGCAGGAAAUGGCGGAUCAGUUGGCGUGGGAACGGAGGUUGAUUGCGGGGUCGGGGGUGGGUGAUUUGUUGAAGGAGAUGGUCAUGGUUCCGGGGAAUCGAAAACGGGCUUUGAUUAGUAUUGGUUUGAUGAUAUGUCAACAGAUGACGGGAACAAACGCAAUCAACUACUACGCCCCCCAAAUCUUCACCAACCUCGGCCUCACAGGAACGGCACCCUCCCUCUUCGCAACAGGAAUCUACGGCGUCCUCAAAAUGGUCGGAUGCGCCCUCUUUCUCCUCCUGGCAGCAGAUUCCCUCGGUCGACGACGCAGUCUGCUGUGGACGUCGAUUGCACAAGGAUUGUGCAUGUUUUAUAUUGGAGCGUAUAUUCGCGUGGCACCGCCGGAAAAGGGAGUACCGGUUCCACCGGCGGGGUAUGUAGCGAUUGUGGCGAUUUAUUUGUUUGCGGUGUUUUUUCAGUUUGGUUGGGGACCGGUUUGCUGGAUUUACGUCUCGGAGAUUCCUACUGCUCGACUGCGAGCACUCAACGUCUCCAUUGCAGCAGCGACACAAUGGCUGUUCAAUUUCGUCGUGGCCCGAGCAACUCCGACGAUGAUUGCGACGGUGGGUAGAGGGGGAUUUGGUGCCUAUUUCAUCUACGGCAGUUUCUGCUUCACCAUGUUCGUCUUCACCUUCAUCUUCGUACCCGAAACCAAAGGCCGAUCACUCGAGAGUAUGGACGAGUUAUUCGGCAAAGUAGCCGAUGGCAAAACCAUGGACGAAGAAGAAAGUCGUCGGGGAGAGUCGCAUGCGGAGCGGCAGACAGAGCAAGAUCAGAACAAGGUGAUGGAUGUGAAUGUUGCUCAUGUGGAGAAAGUGUAAAGAACAAGAAAGAAAGUAAUAUAUCUAGCUUGUCAGAGGUAGAUAGUAUGAUGGAGUUACCUUAUACAAACAUGUUUGCGUUGGGGGGAAGUUUACUAGGUACCUUGUUUCUCUUUUACUAUGAUGUAGAUGUUGA